AAUGUAACAUCACGCGUGUUGCUCUGUCGAGGGAGGACUGUCUGUUGUGUUAAUAUUGCAUGCCAGGCACCUGCAUUCGACCUGCGUCAGCAUUAAUCACAUUUUCAGCACCCACAGAAACUGAGAGGAAACAAGACAGAAGAUCAAAAGAUGGUGCAGCUGUCCCCGUCCCCGGCUCAGGACGUGUCCCCUCCCUCGGAGCGCUCCGAAGAGGCGAAGGGGAGCCCGAAAUCGGCCUCGCCCUCCGGCCUCAGCGCGCUGCAGCUGGCCCUGUCCACGUCCACCGUCACCUACCACAGCUACGACACCUACAUCGAGGACGGCCUCAUCUGCCUGAAGCACAAGAUCCGCAACAUCGAGAAAAAGAGGCUGAAACUUGAAGACUACAAAAAACGUUUGAAGAAUGGAGAGGCGCUCAACAAAGACCAAAUGGAUGCUGUUGAGAAGUAUGACGAAGUCAUCCACAACCUUGCAUUUGCCAAAGAGCUUCAGAAAACCCUGGGAGACCUCACCCAGGAUCUGCUCCGAUCGCAGAAGAAGGUCGCGCGGCGCGAGCAGGUGAUGAGGACGGAGACGGAGAGGAAGCGCUUGGCCACGGUGCUGCAGGUGCACCACAUCCUGCAGAGCCUGCAGCAGGAGCACGUCAGGAAGGACCUCCGCAGCGGCCUCAACCGCGCCCCCUUCCUGCCCAGCCGCGACCUGGAGCACCUGCUCGACCUCGCCGCCCUGCUGGGCUGCAAGAGGGACGAGAGCGUGAGUUUGGAGGACCAAAUGGAGCAGGCGGCCAAUGUGUACUGGGAGCUGAUAGAGGGCCAAGACCUGCCUGUGGGAGAAACCACCUACAAGCACAUGAAGGAGGUUUUGUCCAGACUGAUGGAUUGUGGGUACUUUGAACACAUCCCUGUUCCUCGUAGCGAGGGCUUGGAAGAAGCUGUGGAGCAGCUGACCAGGAAGGCGGAGAGGCCGUCGAAACCCUCAGGGAGUAUCACAGUUCCACCCAAGUUACUGAGUACAAAUGAAGUUACAACAAGGGAGUUUCUCAACAGAUGCUACUUGCCUGAAACAGACUUCUCUGGCCAGGGUCAAAAUGACCAGACCCGGGCCUCGAAGGAGAGCUAUAAGGCAGAUUUUAUGGCACUUAAACAACAGGAGCCCCCAGACUCCUGGGAUAUGGAGUUUACGGAAAAGCCCUCCUCCCCACCGCCUGUCACCCAGAAACCCUUCAGAGGGGCGGCAACCUUUGUUCCCAAAGAACAGGCGACUGCGCAGAGACCUGAAACAAAACAGAGACGAGAGAAGUCUAAAGGACCACAAGACACUAAAUUGGCCCCAAAGACUGAAGCAGCAGUGGAGGUGUUCCGAUUCCCCUCCCCCCUGCCCGAGGACCCUGUCCAGCGCAAAGCACAGCUUCAGGAAAUGAUGGAGAAGAUCCAAGGCUCCUUCUGUUUCAUGCAGGAUUCUGUUCUGGACCGAGAGGGCUCUCCUACAAAUGCACAUUCGAGGAGUUUUCGAUCUUCGCCUAGACCCUCCACACCCACAGCAGCACAGAAUGAACCAGCGAGUCCAGUGAGCCCCCUCUCAAAAGCCCUGCAUUCCACCCCUUUGCCGUCCAGAAUCCUCCCCAUUGAUGCCAAAAUCGGCCUGACCAAUGGAGACCACUCGUUGAACAACUCUGACCUGGACCUCACUGCAGAUGAAGUGGCUCAUGAGAAUGUCCAGCUAUCGGCGAGCGAGGGCCUCUCGUCUCCAUCACUCUUUCACAGGGAGUCCAUCCUCUCGUCCUCCCUGGCGGAGGACCCUCCAAAUAAGGAGACGCUGGAGGUAGAUGAGGACGAUCGGCCGGAGCUGGUGUGGUGGAAGUGUAAGAAGUGGGCCCUGCACAUCCUCACCAGGCUGUUCGAGAGGUACGGAAGCCCUGGCAAUGUGACGAAGGAGUACUCCGAGUUUGCAGACUUCUUUCUGAAGACUUACGCCGUAGGGAUCCAGCAGGUCCUGCUGAAGGUGAUUCACCAGCACCGGCAGAAGCAGUACGUCACCCCGCACAUCCUGCAGGAGGCGCUCAACUACCUGAACCAGGGCGUGUCCCACUCCCUCACCUGGAAGCAGAUGAAGCCUCACAUGCAGACCAUCAGCCAGGACGUGAUCUUCCCCCUCAUGUGCUACAGAGACGAGGACGAGAAGAUGUGGCAGGAGGAUCCCUAUGAGUACAUCCGCAUGAAAUUCAAUGUGUACGACGACCACGCCCUCCCCACCACAGCCGCCCAGAGUCUGCUGUGCAAAGCAGCCAGGAAGCGCAAGGAGGUCCUGCCCAAAAUGAUGGAUUUCUGCCAUCAGAUCCUGAUGGAUCCCAACUCGGAUCCCCGCCGGAAAGACGGAGCGCUGCACGUGAUUGGCUCGCUGGCAGACCUCUUACUCAAGAAACAGGGCUACAAGGAGCAGAUGGAGCUGAUGUUGCAGAACUACGCGUUCCCCCUCCUCAACUCCAGCCUGGGCUACCUGCGUGCCCGGUCCUGCUGGGUGCUCCACGCCUUCAGCUCGCUCCAGUUCCAUAAUGAGCUGGUGUUGCGCAACGCGGUGGAGCUGGUCCGGCAGAACCUCGUCAACGACAAGGAGAUGCCCGUCAAAGUGGAGGCAGCCAUCGCCCUGCAGACGCUCAUCAGCAACCAGGAGCAGGCCAAAGUGUACAUCCGGCCCUACAUCCGUCCUGUGAUGCAAGAGCUGCUCCAUGUCGUCAAGGAGACGGAGAACGAUGACCUCACCAAUGUCAUCCAGAAGAUGAUCUGCGAGUACAACGAGGAGGUGGCCGUUAUCGCCAUAGAGACAACACAGAACCUGGCUGAGAUCUUCACGAAGGUGCUGCAGAGCGAGGAGUACGAGGACAGCGAGGAUAAGACGGUGAUGGCUCUGGGCAUCCUGAGCACCAUCGACACCAUCCUCACUGUCAUGGAGGACCACAAGGAGAUCACUCAGCAGCUGGAGGGCAUCUGUCUGCAGGUUAUCGGCCUGGUGCUGCAAAAACCCAUCAUAGAGUUCUACGAGGAGAUCCUGUCGCUGGCGUUCGGGCUGACCUGCCAGACCAUCUCGCCCCAGAUGUGGCAGCUGCUGGGCGUCCUGUACGACGUCUUCCAGCACGACUGCCUGGACUACUUCACAGACAUGAUGCCUCUCCUGCACAACUACGUAACCGUGGACACGGACAUGCUGCUCUCCAACCCCAAGCACCUGGAGGUCAUUUACACCAUGUGUAAGAAGGUUCUCACCAGCGACGCGGGCGAAGACGCAGAGUGUCACGCCGCCAAGCUGCUGGAGGUCAUCAUCCUGCAGUGCAGAGGGCGGGGCAUCGACCAGUGCGUGCCCCUCUUCGUGGAGGCGGUGCUGGAGCGGCUGACGCGGGCGGUGAAGUCGAGCGAGCUGCGCACCAUGUGUCUGCAGGUGGCCAUCGCCGCGCUGUACUACAGCCCCGCCCUGCUGCUGCACACGCUGGAGAACAUCCGCUUCCCCCACAGCCCCGAGCCAAUCACAGCGCAGUUCAUCAACCAGUGGAUGAACGACACCGAGUUCUUCCUGGGGCUCCAUGACAGGAAGAUGUGCAUCAUCGGGCUGAGUGUGCUGCUGGAGCUGCCCAGCCGGCCGGCCGUGGUGGAGGGCGUGGCGGCCCAGAUCGUGCCCUCCAUCCUGCUCCUCUUCCUGGGGCUCAAGCAGGUGUACGCCUCUCGGGUCUCCAACAAGCCGGACGUCCUGGCCCGGCGGCCCGUCUCCGAGGAGGAGGAGAACGAGGAGAUCCCGAGUGAGGAGGAUGAGGUGAAGGAGAGCAGGCACGCCAUGCAGGAGACGCCCAGCACGCCGAGCGGCCAGGGGGACGAAGACGACGAUGACGAUGAUGACGAUGACGACUACUGGGAUGAAGAGGGUCUGGAGGGCACCCCGCUGGAGGAGUACAGCACGCCCCUGGACUACGACAACGGCGAGGACGAGUACCAGUUCUUCACCGCCGCCCUGCUCAGGGUGCAGAGCUCUGACGCGGGCUGGUACCAGUCCCUCACCACCCCGCUCAGCCAGGACCAGAGGACUCAGCUCCAGGAGAUCUACAGCCUGGCCCAGCAGAGGAGGAGCUCCGGGGUCAAAGGGCAGUGAGGACCGCCGGGGCUGAGCUCCAGGAGAGAGGAGCAGCAGCGCUGGGAGGACCUCGGGAUGGAUUGAGCCGAACGCAGACCUGCAGAAGAGUCCAGGGACGACUGCUCUAUGACCGUGCCAGGAAGUUAGGGGGGAAGAGGGGGGGAGUGGG